CAUUGAUUCUUUCUCUCCACAGAAGGCAGAGGGGAGCAAGAAAUGGAGGAUAGGUCAUGUCAGGUGUUGUUUCCAUCUUCAUCGGUUGAUCAUCGCUUGUCUGGUGAUCAAACUCAGAUCAACACGUCCUCCUCGUUACAGCAGCAUAACACUAACAAAGAAGAGAAACACAAGAGUAAGAAGAAAGAGAGAGAAGCCAGGUUUGCUUUCCAGACAAGAAGUCAGGUUGAUAUUCUCGAUGACGGAUACAGGUGGAGGAAGUACGGCCAAAAAGCUGUCAAGAACAAUCCAUUCCCCAGGAGCUAUUAUAAGUGCACAGAAAAAGGAUGCAGAGUGAAGAAGCAAGUGCAGAGGCUAUCAGGAGAUGAAGGAGUGGUGGUUACCACUUACCAAGGAGUUCAUACCCACCCCGUUGAUACACCCUCCGAUAACUUCCACCACAUCUUGACCCAGAUGCACAUCUUCCCUCCCUUUUAGUUAUCUUUUUAUUGUUUUCAUUUUUAUUAUGCAUACCGAUGUAUCUUGGGUGGGUUUAGAUGAAUGAAACUGGCGCAAAAGAAUGCUGCUUUCAGACCAAAGCCCUUUUUUACUUUAUUAAACUGAGCAAUGCGUGAAUUGUACACACACCCGUCCUUGUCUUUGGGUUUCCCUGGAACCUAUCUCAUUUGGUGUCUUGCUGGACUCCGCUGCCCUGAAAAAACCCAUCAAACGCAGUCAACAGAGAUGAUAGACUGGCUGAAGGAAUCUCAACUGACCAAAUCACUUUGAAAGCAAUGAAUGAUGAGCCCGAACCAUUGAAUCAUUUAAAUUUAGUUGUUGAAUCAAAAGAGCACUCUUUUACUGUUUUGAGAUCCAGAAAU